AUGGCAGAUGAUAACAUAGGUAGUGUUGAUGGAGGUAAAGAUUUUAACUUACAUUCAGUGUUUGAAAAUAUCAAACAAUUCAGAUCUGCCCUUCAAGAAUUUACAAUAAAAGGUGACUUUAAUAUUUUGAGAUUGAAGAAUGAGAGGAAGAGGGUCACAGCCAUAUGUGCUUCUGAUGGGUGCUCAUGGAGGGAACAUGCAUCACUUACUAGUGAUGGAAUAACCUUCAUGAUCAAGUUAAUAGGACCAGCUCAUACAUGUGCAACCAUAUCUUCUAAUUCCAAUGCAACAUCUGGUUGGAUAGAAAAAUUACUUUCAGCCAGGCUUAGAGAAGAGUCUGUCAUGAGUAUUAAGACAUAUUGUGAGAUGUUGUUAAACAAAAAUCCUGAUUCAGUAGUUUUGUUGCAUCCCGAAGUAAGGCAUGACUUCAAUGAAGACCCAACUUUUCAGAGAUUGUUUAUUUGUUUGGAUGCUUAUAAGAAGGCGUUUGUGAGUGGAUAUAGACCUUUUAUAGGUCUAGAUGGAUGUCAUCUGAAGGGAAGAUAUGGUGGAAUUAUGUUGUCUGUUGUCUCUGUUGAUGGGAAAAAUUACUUGUUUUUUCUUGCAUUUGCUAUUGUUGAAGUAGAGAACACAGCAACUUGGGAGUUUUUCCUGCACAGUCUAGCUGAUGCACUUCAGGAUUCUAUGGAUUACAUGAACCUAACAUUUAUGACAGACAAGCAGAAGGGUCUUAUACAUGCUAUCAACAAUAUAUUUUCAGGUGUUCACCAGAGAACUUGUUGUAGGCAUCUCUACAAUAAUUUCAAAGCCUCCUUUCCUGGAUUGUUAUUGAAGUCACUAUUUUGGAAAGCAGCACAAGUAAGCUCUGCAUGGGUUUAUGAGAGAGCAAUUGAAAAGAUGAAAGACACUAAUGUGGAAGCACAUGAUUGGUUGCUGAGUAAUCCUCCUAGUACAUGGUCCAGACAUGCUUUUGAUACUGGGGCAAAAUGUGAUCAUGUUACUAAUAACAUGAUAGAGUCUUUCAACAAUUGGAUAGGGCCAAUGAGAAACAAGACUAUUCUAAGCCUAAUCGAUGAUAUUAGGGCAAAAGUGAUGAUUAGAUUACGGAAAAAGUAUAUCUUUGCUUGCUCCCUUGAAGGGAAGGUAACACCAUCUGUGAAGAAGAAGCUGAAAUUGAUUGUGAGUGAUGCAAGGUUUUGUCACACCCAAAUUGCUGGAGAAAAUCAGUAUGAAGUCACCGAUGGAAGUACAAGAUUUACAGUCAAUUUGAGCACUAAACAUUGUGAUUGUGAAGUUUGGAGGAUUUCAGGAAUCCCUUGUAAGCAUGCAGCAGCAUGCAUUCGAGAGUAG